GCUCAGUCUUAGCUGGAGGAGCUUCGAAAUGACCGAUUUGCAUUCAGUGUGAGUCGUGCGAGCGGGAAGGAGACAGAAACUGCUCACUGGGAAUGACAAUCUCUCUCUUUUGUUGUUGUUGCGGCUUUUCUCUUGAUAUAGUGGCGGGAUGGACCAUGGCGGCGGUCCAAAGAAAAGUCAAAAGAAGCAGAGGAAGCAAGACCAAUGGAGAGGAGAGCGACCCCGAGACAUUUUUGAAAAGCUGGAUUCGUUGCCCGAAAGCAAGCAGCAGGAGAUCCAAAGGGCCCUCCACCUUUUCUCUUUCGGACAGACUAUGCCGAGGACGCUGCAGCAGGCCGCGCGGCGCGCCUACGAGUUCUGGCACACGCAGCCCGUUCCCAAACUUGCAGGCGAAACGGCGAUGGGCCGCGGCCAAAUAACGGCGGGCGAAGCGAGCGCACGGGAGGAGCCUUACUCGCUGCCUCGGGGCUUCUCGUGGGACACUUUGGAGCUGAGCCGCCCUUCGGUGAUGCAAGAACUUCGCACGCUACUCAAUGAGAACUACACGGAAGACGACGACAACACUGUCGCGCCCGACUUGUCGGUGGACUAUCUACAAUGGGUCUUGCAGCCCCCAAAUUGGCUGGCCCAGUGGCACUGCGGCGUCAGAGUGGAGUCCAAUAAGAAGCUCGUGGGCUUCAUCGCCGCCGUCCCUGCAGAUGUGCACGUAUAUGACACGGUGAAGCGGAUGGCGCAGAUCAAAUUUCUGUGCGUGCAUAAGAAGCUGCGCCUCAAGCGAAUGACCCCGGUUCUGAUCCGCGAGCUCGCCAGACGCGUCCGGCGGCAGGGCGUCGGCCAGGCGGCGUACACGGCGUCCGUGGUGCUGCCGACGCCACUCAGCUCCUGCAGAUUGCACCAUCGCCCGCUGAACCUCCGCAAGCUGCUGGAGGUCCAGUAUCCGGGGAUCCGAGGAGACAUGCCCCCGCAGAGAGCCCUCAAAUUCUACCGCCUCCCAGAAAACACCAAGACGGCAGGUUUGCGCCCCAUGACCAAAGACCACAUUGAGAGGGUGCGUCGGCUUCUCCAAGCGAACCUCAGCAAGUUCCACCUCAAGGCCGGCUGGUCCCGAGAGGAAGUGGCGCACUGGCUCUUGCCCAGGGAGGAUGUGAUUGACACCUACGUGGUCGAGGCCGACGACGGCGCGCUGACCGGAGUGGUGAGCUUCUACGGGAUCUCCUCCAAGGUGCUCAACCACCGGCUCCACGGCAGCGUGAGAGCGGCUCACCUUUUCUAUGCCACGUCAGCUGCUGGCGGCGACCUUGUCCAGCUCGCGGAGGACGCGCUGGUCCUGCUCAAAUCUAAAGGAUUUGACAUCGUCAUUGCUGCCGAUGUGAUGGAUAACAAUCGUUUCCUGGAGCAGCUCAAGUUCAGUUUCAGCGGCAAGUGGCUUCAUUACUACUUGUACAACUGGAGGUGUCCCACACUGAGUUCGGACAAGGUGGGCAUGGUGUUACCCAACUAACCGAUUAAAAUGGAGGAUCCCGAGUGAGCAAUACGAAGCUGCAAAGGCAAGAACGUGCGUGUGCGGUCGUGUCAUCUGGCGUUCUCCAAACGCAGCGAGUCAUAAAAGCAAACAAAGAUCAAAUUCCUUUCGUGAAAAUAUUUGUCAUGAAAUAUUGUUUAUUUGUCGGCGUCGGCAUUGUGUGUGACGACAGUGAAGGAUUACAAUUGGCGCGGCAGCAAAUUGAAUAAACACAAUAAGCAUUUC